UCAAUUUUACAUGAGCAGUGUGUUCUGUCCAACAUUUACCCAUUAUGGGUCAAAAAUAGCCCAGCUAUUUUUAGAGUUUAGUAAAUUUAAGUCAUCACAUCAUAAAGGCACACUUUACACGUGUUUUCUAAGAUUUCCUCAGUUUUUUGUACGAUAGCAAUACAUUGCAGCGCUUUCCCUGAUAGAUGCAUCCACUUAUGAAGAUGGGUGAAGAGUUUCUGCUGAAUGAUAAGUUACGUAAUUUCUGAUGUCUCCCUGGACAUCAGUUUUAUUGCGUAAAAAACAUUUAAUCGAUUUUUAUGUUUAGCUUAGCAAGCCGUUUGGCAGAUUAACUUGUGAGGGUUUUAGUAGUGGUUUAUACAGUGGUGUCCACCCGUUUUAAAUGUGGUACAGUCCAGUAAUGUUGAGGAGCGCCUGCAGGGCAGCGCAGAGAUGAAGCAAGCCAGUAACAGUUCGGGCUGAAGAUGGACUGAAUACCUGCACAAACUGAACCGCUACAAACUGGAUCAUGAUUUUGCUACACGAUUGCUGGAUUCUGUUUGUACUGUUUUCACUGCAAAGUGUUGCUGGUGUACAGGUGACCGUGAAAGAUGAGAAGAAGUUUUCCAUGCUUUUCUCUUCCGUCGUUCUUCCAUGUCAUUACACCACCCAUUCCACCCAAACUGCAGUGGUGCAAUGGUGGUAUAAGUCCUACUGUAGAGACCGCACUCGGGAUUCCUUCACCUAUUCAGAGACCCUGGGGGUUCAUGUCUCUGAUCUGGGAGUCACGUCCUAUCUGGACUGUUCGGACAAAAGCCGCACUGUCCGUGUAGUGGCCUCUGCACAAGGAUCUUCUGUGACCCUAGCAGAAUACUACAAGGAAAGAGACAUCUCCAUCAUUAACAAAGCAGAUUUGCGCAUUGGCCAGCUACAGUGGGGCGACAGCGGGGUUUACUCCUGUAAAGUGAUCAUUUCUGAUGACCUGGAAGGGGUAAAUGAAGACCAGGUUGAGCUGCUGGUUCAAGGUAGGACAGGUGUGCUGGAUGACAUCCUGCCUGAAUUUGAUUUGGAGAUUAUGCCAGAAUGGGUGUUUGUUGGAGCUGUUGUCAUCGGUAGCAUCCUUUUUCUGUUGCUGGUUGGGAUCUGCUGGUGUCAGUGUUGCCCUCAUUCCUGUUGUUGUUAUGUACGAUGCUGCUGCUGUCCUGAUACAUGCUGUUGUCCAAAACACUUAUAUGAAGCAGGGAAGAUGGCAAAGAGCACUCCAGCUCCUCAGAUCGCCAUGUAUCAACCUUAUUACGUUCCUGGUGUUCCUGUGGUUUCUUCAGUUGCACCGUCUCUCAUUGACCCCAAGUUAACUGUUGUGCCGUCUUCAGUAGACAACAAUAUAACUGGAGUGCGCAGUGGCUAUCGACUCCUCCAAGCCAGUCAGGGUCAGGAUGCUAUGAAGGUUGUGUACUACAUAGAGAGGGACCUGGCACACUUCAACCCUACCAAGGGGGCCAGUCAUUCAUCAGCUGGCAGCCUAUCAGAACUGAGCUCUCUGCAUGAUGCUGAUGUAGACUUCAGGCAUACCUAUCGGCAAAUCCAGAGGAAGGCACUUACGCCAAUCAGCGACCACAGCGAAGACCCACGCCUCCGAACAGCAUCGACCAGACAAGGACUCCGGCCCUCACAUUACCAAAGCAAUCCUUCUCUGGACGAGCAUGACAGCAGGUGGAACUGUCGCUCUGAGUACUUGCCUCGCAAAGCCUUUGACUCUAGGGGGCGUACAGGCUCGCUAGAUGAGCUGGAAGAGUUCGCUAUGUCAUAUGGCCCACAUGGACGUCGGAAAGGUGAAGGACCUCAGCGAGACUUUCGAGGACCUCAGCGAGACAUUGAAAUGGCCCAAAGGUCACGGGACCAUCACACGUCGUAUCGAAACGGCCCUCGUUGCUCGCGGGACGACGACGACGAUGACUGGCAUCGCCGAGCCUCACCACCUUCCCCACCUAAAAGGCGUGCCACUGGUGACAGCGAACGUUACGCUCCCCGUCAGAGGUCGUAUGACGACACAUACCUAAACAGUCUGCUGGAGCGCAAGGCCAGGGGGCACGGAGAACGAGGUGGGAGGGGUGACGAUGACAGUGACACGCCCUCAAAAGGCAGUUCCAGGAAGAGCAAUGACUGUUACCAAAGCAGGUCACCUAGCAACCGACCCGAGGAGGAUGAGCAAUUACCUCCGUACUCUGAAAGGGAGGCAGAGAGGUUUAGAAAUGAACGGUACAGGACAGCUGAUCCUGCCAUGCGCCCUUUUUCUUACACACGUCCAGCCAACGGGCCAUCCCAUACAUUGCAGGAGCGCAGAGAGGAAAGGGACAAACCCAGGAAACUGACCACUCACCUAAGCAGAGACUCUCUAAUUGUGUGACAUCAUCAGACUGUGCUGACAUCAUACUAUUAACAUCAUCAUCAUCAAGAUGAAGAGAAAUGCACCCGAUAUCAAUCAGGACACAUUAUGCAGGAUCACACAGACAGGAAGAGUCAAGGGGAGGGGCUUACUGAAGGAUUAUUGAGGAUGUAUGAUCGUGUUUGUGUGUUACUAUACUAAAUAUCUCCACUACUUUAUUAUUAUUAGUCUACUUUAGACUACCAGUGCACUAGAAUUUUGUGAACCACAUUUUAUGCAGUCAAAAAUGUUUUCAAUUUUGUUUAAACAUUCCUUGUUUUUUGGAUGCCUUAAGUACUGUAAAUGGACAAUGUUUAUUAUAUUUUACUAUGUUUUUAUAUGUUUGUUUGCACUGUACUGUAAAUGUGUGUGUCAGCUUUUAUCAGUUGGUUUUCAUGGGAAUAUGUGCCAUUUGUAUUUGUAUUCCAUGGUUUUAAAAUAAUGAUUUUGAUACAAA